GAACAUUAUAAACAGUUCAUUCGCAAAGGGGCUUUGUGAAAAUUUUUGUUUAUUAAUCAAAUGAUUAAUUAAUACAACAAAUACACAAAAUAUUAAUAUUGUUUGUAUUUGAACGUGAUUAAACUGCCAUUGAUCCAGUUAAGCACUGAAGGGGCGUCGCUGAGGCAGCAAUCGUUGCACUUUCUUGUGGUCGGUCUUCUUGGAUAGAGAAAUUGGAAAAAAAUUGGGGAUUUUUUUUUUGAGUUGACUGAUCUCGAAAACAGCCAUGGCACUGAAGGAGUCAUUAGGUGAAAGUCUUGAUGAUGAUCAAAAAUUCAUUCUCUACAAGCACGAUGAGUUAUUUAGCGAAAGUUUUCCCGUUUUCAAGGAGAUUCGUCGCAUGGGCAAAUUAUGUGAUGUGACAUUGAAGGUCGAAGAUCAAACUUUUUCCGCCCAUCGCAUUGUUCUGGCCGCCACCAUACCCUAUUUCUAUGCCAUGUUCACCAAUAACAUGGCCGAGAGUCGCAUCAAAGAAAUUACCAUGAAAGAAAUCGAACCAUCGGCAUUGGAGAGUUUGAUCAACUUUGCAUACAGUGGCCAAGUACGCAUUGAUAAUCAAAAUGUCCAAAGUCUAAUGAUGGGUGCGUCGUUCCUACAAUUGCUAAAGGUGCGUAAGGCUUGUGCGGAGUUUUUGAUAUCACGCUUUCAUCCGCACAAUGUCCUGGGCAUUAGGCAUUUUGCCGAUUCGAUGAGCUGUCAGCAUUUAAUAAAAGCUGCCGAUAAAUAUAUCGAUCAGAACUUCGCUAAAGUCUCACAAUCCGAAGAGUUUUUGAAUUUGGAAUUCGAUGAGUUAAUUGAAUUGAUCAAAAGUGAUUAUUUGAACAUAAAAUCGGAGGAGGUGGUGUUUGAGGCUUGCUUGAAGUGGGUGAAAUUUUCGGAGGCCAAACGUGUGGAAUUGUUUCCGCAGGUAUUGUCUCAGGUUCGUCUGCCGCUGCUGUCACCCCAGUUUCUGGCCGAUCGUGUUGCUCGUGAGGAGCUAAUACGUUCAUCACAUCAGUGUCGUGACCUAUUGGAUGAAGCCAAAGAUUUUCAUUUGAUGCCCGAACGUAGGGGACUCUUGCAGAGUUUUAGAACCCGUCAUCGUGGUGAAUUUAUAUCUGGUCAAAUAUAUGCCGUUGGCGGCCUAACCAGCAAUGGCGAAUCUGUGAGUACUGUGGAAAUAUAUGAUCCAAUUACCCACAAAUGGCGCAUGGGUGAACAAAUGUCCAUGAUGAGAUCUCGUGUUGGUGUGGCCGUAAUGGAUGGGAAACUUUAUGCCUUUGGUGGCUUUAAUGGAUCUGAACGUUUGUCAACCGUGGAGGUCUAUGAUCCCCAGGAAAACAAAUGGUCUCAAGGCAGUGCCAUGAAUUGUAAAAGAAGUGCUGUGGGUGUUGCUGCCCUAAACGAUUGCAUUUACGUUUGUGGAGGCUAUGAUGGGGUUACAUCCCUUAAUACCGUGGAAUGUUAUUGCCCCAAAACAGAUGUAUGGAAGACGGUAGCCCCCAUGAUGAAAUAUCGCUCAGCAGGUGGUGUAGCCGCCCUAGAUAAAUACGUUUAUGCCCUGGGUGGUCAUGAUGGCCUUUCGAUAUUCGACUCGGUGGAACGUUAUGAUCCAGUCAAUGAUGUUUGGCAAAAAAUGAAACCAAUGCUUAAUCGUCGCUGUCGUUUGGGUGUGGCGGCCUUGGAUGGCAAACUAUAUGCCUGUGGUGGUUACGAUGGUAAUUCAUUUUUGCGUUCUGUGGAAGUGUAUGACCCCAUCAAGGACUCAUGGUCCCUGGUAACAUCCAUGAACUGUAAACGCAGCCGUGUGGCAUUGGCCGCAAAUAUGGGUAAACUAUGGGCAAUUGGGGGUUAUGAUGGCGAAACUAAUCUAUCAACCGUUGAAGUAUAUGAUCCUGAGGCAGAUACAUGGUCAUUUGUACCUUCCAUGUGUGCCCAUAGCGGUGGUGUGGGGGCGGGCGUUAUACGCAAUUAAGCCAAUCGCAAUAUUAGACUGUCAUUGAUUUUAAAUUGUUAGGAUGACCCCACAUUUCUAUCAUUCCAAAUUGUCCAAAAUUUUUAACAGACAGACAACUUUUCGAUCUGCUCUUUACGAUAUAUGAUCUAAGGAAUUUAAAGCCAAAAAUUAUUGUAUUUACUCUAGCAGCUAUCUCUUUUAAUAUUAACUACUAUAUUUGUUAAGGAUUAAGUUCUCGAAAAGAACUCAUCACCUCAUUAAUGCAAUUUAUCCAAGUGGAAUUUAAAUAUACCAAUAAUAAUAAAAAUA